AUGAAUAAUGUUUAUCAACGACGUGUGCAUCCAAUCUUUGACGAAGAGCAUCGUUCGGCUAGUUUAUCGAAAGAAACACCACCCACAGAAGAAACAACCCUCAAAAGACAUCUUAGUCUCUUCUCAGGAACCUGUUUUAUUAUUGGUAAUAUUAUCGGUUCAGGUAUAUUUGUUUCGCCUCAAGGUGUUCUCAGAUAUACCGAGUCGGUUGGACUAUGUCUUAUUGUUUGGACUGCCUGUGGCUUUAUUUCCAUCCUUGGUGCUCUAAGCUACGCAGAAAUUGGUACAGUAAUUCCAUUAAGUGGUACCGAACUUGCAUAUAUGCAAGAAGGUAUUGGUUCGGUGCAUGCACGUACAGGCAAUGUUUUGGCAUUUGUCUUCAAUUGGGCUAGCGCAUUUAUUCUAAACCCAUCAGCCAUUGCCGCUGUAACCCUUAUCAGUUCUCAAUACUUUUUAUCAGGCAUUAUGGAUAGUUGUGGUCCACCCGAGGAGCUUGUCAAGAUGUUCGCAAUCUUUCUACUUCGUUAUACAGAAAAUCUUCAAAGUGGAUUUACGGAUGAGUAUGAAUAUCAAAAUUUUGGUACAACGAAGAAUCCAUUGGGUAUUGCUCUUGCUUUCUAUUCAGGCCUCUGGGCAUACGAAGGAUGGAGUAGUUUGAAUUCAGUAACUGAAGAAUUAAAAAAUUCGAAAAGAAAUCUUGGUCUAGCUUUGGCCUUAGCCUUACCAACUGUCAUCAUUUUGUACGUUCUUAUUAACAUUUCUUAUUUUACAGUCAUGAGUAAAGCAGUAUUACUCAGUUCGAAUGCUGUUGCUGUGACAUGGGGUGAAGAACUGUUAGGUCCUGUAGUUCGUGUUCUGCCGAUUAUGAUUGAUAUCAGCGCAUUGGGUAGCGCUAAUGGCGGUCUUGUUCAAAGUUCUCGGUAUUGCAUGGUCGGUGCUCGUUACGGUUAUUUACCAGAAAUCUUUGCAUGCAUCCAAAAACAACGACGUACACCACUACCAAGUAUUGUUUUUCAAAUCAUUCUUUCCAUUAUCUAUUGUAUUCUAAGUAAUGUCAAUACAUUGAUUAAUUUCUUUAGUUUUGUUGCAUGGCUCUUCUAUGGUCUUAGUUUUGUUGCCACUCUCUGUUGUAAAUGGACUAAAAGGGAUGCCUAUCGUGUAAUAAAUGUUCCUAUUCCUGUUCUUAUUAUUAAUAUACUUAUUGCCAUCUAUUUAAUAUUAAUACCUGUCAUUUCCGAUCCAAAUAUUGGUUAUCUCGUCGCAGGAAUACUCGUCCUAUCUGGCUUGAUCUUAUACUAUCCAUUCGUCUAUCGUAAAAUUGAACUUCGAUUUAUGAGUAGAACACAUUCAAACAUUCUUACAAGUCUUUUUCGAUCUGCAAAAGGCCGCAAUUAA